AUGUAUGCUAUGCUGUUUGCGGUGGAGGAAAUCAAUCUCAACAGCACAUUAUUACCGGCAGUGAAGCUUGGUUAUCAAGUGUUUGAUACUUGCGGCCGAUACCCCUGGGCUAUGAAAAGCGCACUGACACUAGUCGGAGGAGACACACACGACUGCAUUCCUUUGAUUAUUGGCCCUGCAACAUCAACUGUAAGUAUUAUGCUAUCCAGGAUCCUGGGACCUCUCUCUGUACCGGUUAUCAGUCACUUGGCGACCUGUCCCUGUCUUAGUGACAGAUCCAAGUAUCCAAAUUUCUUCCGAACUAUCCCCAGUGAUAUUUAUCAAGCUCGUGCCAUCGCACAGCUGGCUAUACGUUUCAAAUGGACAUGGAUAGGAGCUGUGCAUAUAAACAAUGCCUAUGGUCAACGAGCCAUGCAGGUAUUUCAGAAGGAAGUUGAGGGUAAAGGAGUCUGUUUGGAGUUCAUCGAAAAAGUCCAUAGAGAAACCAUUGAGACUGAUGCUAAACAAGCUGCACUCACUAUUCAAGCUGCAACUGCAAGGGUGAUUCUCAUCUUUUGCUGGUAUACAGAUGUCAAGAAGGUGUUUAAGGAACUCGCCAAAAUAAAUGUGACUGACAGGCAGUUUGUAGCCAGUGAGGCUUGGAGCACUAGUGAAGAUAUUCUCCAAGAUAUGACUGUCUCCGAGGUUGCUCGUGGUGUUGUAGGAGUGGCCAUUCGGAGUUCAACUAUACCUGGAUUUGGAAAAUAUCUCAGAGGGCUACACCCCAUUCAGAAUCCUGAAGAUGUAUUUUUGAGAGAUUUCUGGGAAAAAGAAUUUGGCUGCACUCAAGAGCCCAGAUCAGAUUCUUUUCAGAAAGCAGCUCUGCCUCCGUGCAGUGGAGCGGAGACUUUGGAGGGAGGGAGGCAUCCUUUUACCGACACCUCUCAGCUGAGAGUGGCGUAUAAUGUUUACCUGGCAGUUUACGCAGCAGCACACGCCCUUCACAGCAUCCUGUCCUGCUCACACGAAGACAGUCCUAAUGAAAACAACACAACACGCUGCUCCUCCCCAGAGCAAAUCAAACCCCGACAGGUGUUGCAGCACUUGAGCAAAGUGAAGGUCACCACCCCACAGGGUGACCUCUUCCAUUUCCAAGGAGCUGACUCUCCAGCCAAGUACGACCUGAUCAACUGGCAGAAAACACCCGAGGGGCCGCUGAAAAUGGUUUUAAUUGGACAUGUUGACGGGUUUGAUUUUCAAUUUAAUGAAUCGGCUGUUCAGUGGAGCGCAGGAUCCAGUCAGGUGCCUGUUUCAGUGUGCAGUGAAAGCUGUCCUCCAGGGACUCGCAGGGCCAACAGGAAGGGAGAACCUGUCUGCUGCUUUGACUGUAUCCCAUGUGCUGAUGGAGAGAUUAGCAAUACAACUGGUUCCUUCCAGUGUGAGCAGUGUACACCUGAUUUCUGGUCCAACGAUGAAAGAACAGUCUGCAUCCGUCAAGAGCUGGACUUUCUUUCCUUUAAUGAGACAUUGGGCGUUACACUCACCACUGCCGCUGUGUCUGGGGCCAUUGUGACCGCAGCUGUGUUUGUGGUUUUUCUGAAGUACCGUCAAACACCGAUGGUACGAGCCAACAACUCAGAGCUGAGCUUCCUGCUGCUCCUGUCUCUCAAACUCUGCUUCCUCUGUUCGUUGGUGUUCAUCGGCCAUCCGUCGGUCUCCUCGUGCCAGUUCCAGCAGGCCGCCUUUGGGAUCAGCUUUGUUCUCUGUAUAUCCUGCCUCCUUGUGAAAACCAUGGUGGUUCUGGCUGUUUUCCGCUCAGCUCGUCCCGGUUCUGAAGCUUUGAUGAAGUGGUUUGGGCUGAGUCAACAGAGGUGGAGCGUAUUCUUCUUUACUGGUGUGCAGGUUCUCAUCUGUGCUCUAUGGCUGUCCCUCAGCCCUCCAAUGCCUCAGCGUGAUCUGGGUUUCCAAGGGUCAAAGGUCACUUUGGAGUGUGCUAUGGACUCUAUGGUGGGCUUCUCUCUGGUCCUGGGGUACAUCGGCCUCUUGGCCUGCACCUGUCUCCUCUUGGCAUUUCUUGCGAGAAAGCUUCCCGACAACUUCAACGAGGCCAAGCUGAUCACCUUCAGCAUGCUGAUUUUCUGCGCCGUCUGGGUGGCCUUUGUUCCCGCUUAUGUCAGCUCUCCUGGGAAAUAUGUUGUUGCUGUUGAAGUCUUUGCAAUCCUGGCCUCCAGCUAUGGGUUACUUCUCUGUAUUUUUGCCCCAAAAUGUUUCAUAAUUCUUCUGAGGCCUGAGAAAAACACAAAGAAAUACCUGAUGGCCAGGUAG